AGACCUCAAGAGGGGAUCCACGAACGAGUGAAGAAAAUAAAAAUAAAAUAAAAAAAAGUAUUUUAAGAUCAGCGAUGUCUCGGGACUGGAAUAGCCAUGGACUCCCGUGUUUACCUGGAUACAGUUUUCGGGAUGUAACGAAGUCAGCCUUCCAUCGUCCCCAGACACUGAACUAUAGCAAAGGCUAUGCUCUGGCCCAUCGCCCCACUGUGGGUAUUGGACAGGAUCCUCUUUUAUCUGAGCAGUUGAUCCAGCAGGAGAUCAAUGAGUUGUCUUUUGAGACACCAGACAUUACUAAUGGCUCCUUUGACCAGAGCAUGGUCAAAGACUUCAUCCCAGCUCACGUGGCCCUCGACAAAAAGGUGCUGCGCUACUAUGCAUACUUUCAGGAAAACAUCCUGUUUUCCCCUGAAGAGGAGAGCUGCGUGCGUCCUGUGGUCAUUUACUACUACCUUGAGGAUGACAGCAUGUGCAUCAUUGAGCCCAUAGUGGAAAAUUCUGGAAUACAGCAGGGGAAACGGAUCAAACGCCAGCGGCUUCCCAAGAAUGAACGUGGAGAGUAUUUCCAAUGGAGAGACCUCAAUAUUGGCAUGGACCUGGAGGUGUAUGGCGUCAAGUACCACAUCACACAGUGCGACACUUUUACAAAGGAAUUCUUGGAAAGUGAGGGCAUUGUUCUGAACAACCCUGAGCCAAUGCCUGUGGAUUCCUACAGCAAACGUCGCAAAAACCCUCAGCCUUCAUUCACAAAAGCCUCCGGAUUUGAAGGCAUGCAAAAGUUUCUGACCAUGGAUCGUCAGGUGCUGCAAUUCUUUGCCCUGUGGGACGAUACUGAUUCUCUGUUUGGGGAGACCAGGCGUGUUACCAUCCAGUAUUACCUGGUGGAUGACACGGUGGAGAUCAAUGAGGUCUACGAACCCAACAACGGCCGAUUUCCCUUCCCUAUCCUGUUGCGCAGACAGAAGCUGCCCAAGAAAAUCAAACCAGAGUCUGAGACCUUUCCCAGCUGUGUGCUGGAGAUGUCAGCAGCAGAAGUCGAUGAGUACUACUCCCCCAAAGACUUCCAGGUGGGUCAAACGACAAAGCUGCUGGGCCGUUGCUUCCUGCUGUAUGACUGUGAUGGCUUCACUAAAGAGUAUUACCAAAAUAAUCACCCCGACCUGGAGCUGAAACCCAUAGAGGUCCCAAAAAAACCUGACCUGCCCCCGCAGAGGAAGAGGGAAGCUCCUCCCUAUAAUGGUUUUGGUUCACCUGAAGACUCUCUCAAAAAUUGUUUGACAGUAAUUCCUGAGCCUUCCAAAAAUAGUAUGCUAAAGAUGCUGGAAAACGAACACAAUGCUUUGCGCUACAGUGCCAGGCUGGACUCCCAGAACCCAGAAGAUCAGGGCCGAUGUUUCAUACUGUCCUACUUCCUGUCCGACGACAUGAUAAGUAUUUAUGAAAAGCCUACACGCAACUCCGGCAUCAUCGGUGGCAGGUUCCUGAGAAAAAAGCGCAUCCUAAAGCCGGGCUCUACAGUGGACAAUCCUGAGUUCUACGUACCGGGAGACUUUGCUAUUGGAGCCACUGUGGAGGUUUUCAGCCACCGCUUUGUGUUGACUGAUGCUGACCAGUAUGUGCUGAAGUACAUGGAGUCCAAUGCGAGCCAGAUACCUCUUCAGACACUAGAUUCUCUGCGCCAGAAGCUGAGUAUGAGGACAGCAAAUAACCAGCCUGCUGACCAAAAUGGUGAUGAUGAAGCAGAGCCAUCUUCGUGAUGUCAGGGCAGGUUGGAUUGCCUCAAGAGUUCACUCCCCAAUAAAUCAGAACACAAGACCAAAUGAAAGACUUUGCAGAAUGCUUCUAAACAUAAUAAAC